AUGGAGGAAUGGGAUCUCGAAACAGGCAAUGCCGACUUGAUUUAUCUCCCGGGUGGGAUGGAUUCAUGGAUGACUGUGGAUCACAACCGAGUCGGUGAAGAGCUUCUCGAAGCUUGCGGGAUCUCCGCUCCCAGCGAUCUGGGCCCAGAUGGAUUCCUGCCCGCUCGAGUCCGCGUGAGGUUGAAGAAACUUUCGGCGGGCUGCAUGACCAGCUUGUCUUGCCCUCCAUUCCGCUGCACGUGUGACAUUUGCGGCCACCUGACCCGACCAGGGGGCCCACUUUAUCUGAUCGCUUCCUGCCAACCCGGUCGGUAG